AAAUUUUGAUUUGUGAUAUUGUUUAGUGCCUAUUUGUGAUAUAUCAUUGAUAAAAAUGUUAAACUGCGUCAAACUACCACGUUGCAGCUCAACGUUCGUGGAUAUUGAACGUCCCGAAUCCGGACAGGACAGUACACCAGCAGUGCACACGGAUCCCAUCGUCAACGGUACUAACGGACUCGGACCAUCGCCAUUCUCCCUUGGAAUCCCAGUGCAGCAGGACGUGUUUCCUAAUAAUCAGCAGCAAUUUAAGCAGCAAAUUGUGCAUAGUUUGAACGAAGCAAGAACUGCAACCAGCAACGGAAGUGCCAAUAAUAUGAUCGGUACAGCGAAAGUUCUUUCCGGCACGGAAGUAGCCAAAGAUAUCCGUGACCGGUUGAAGAAAGAUGUGAGUGAUGUGCGAAACAAAAUCCCAACGCUGGUACCGGGGCUGGCCAUCGUGCAGGUUGGCGGCCGCGAGGACUCGAACGUUUACAUCCGUAUGAAGAUCAAGGCAGCCGAAGAGAUCGGGAUCUACGCGGAGCAUGUUCAGCUGCCGAAGACCACCACGCAGGACGAACUGCUGGCAGUGAUUAAGCGCCUCAAUGAGGAUCCCUGCUUUCAUGGAAUUAUCGUCCAGAUGCCGCUGGAAUCAGACAACCCGAUCGAUUCGCAUCUUAUCACCGAUGCCGUAUCACCUGAGAAGGAUGUUGACGGGCUUAACACCGUCAACGAGGGCCGCAUCGCAGUCGGCGACAUGGGAGGCUUUCUGCCGUGUACACCGAACGGUUGCAUGGAGCUGAUUAAGCGCACCGGGAUCCCGAUUGCCGGCUCAACUGCAGUCAUCAUCGGACGCAGCAAAAUCGUCGGAACUCCGAUGGCCGAGCUGCUCAAGUGGCAUGAUGCUACCGUCACGAUUUGCCAUUCGAAGACGAAGAAUCUCAAUAUGAUGAUUAAGAAAGCAGACAUUCUUGUGGUGGCAGUCGGCAAGCCGGAAAUGGUCCGCGGAGCUUGGAUCAAACCUAGCGCGGUGGUGAUCGAUUGUGGCAUAAAUUCCAUUUCCGAUCCGACCAAAAAGAGCGGCCAGCGGCUGGUGGGGGACGUGAAGUACGACGAGGCACUGGUGGUGGCAUCGUAUGUCACCCCGGUACCGGGUGGGGUCGGCCCGAUGACCGUAGCGAUGUUGAUGCAGAACACCGUUCAGUCUGCGCUGCGAGUUGCUCAGAGGAUGAUCGAGAUGGAGUUCCGUUGGCCUAUUAAAGUGCUGCCAUUGAAACCGCUGGAGCAGGUUCCCAGUGACAUCGAAAUCGCUCGUUCUCAAACUCCCAAAGACAUUGCCGUACUGGCUUCGGAAAUCGGCCUAAUCCCGUCGGAAGUUUCACUAUAUGGAGACAAAAAAGCCAAGAUUUCCCUAAAGACACUGGACCGUUUGAAAAACGAACAAAACGGUAAAUACGUGGUUGUUGCUGGCAUAACUCCGACUCCGUUGGGCGAGGGCAAAAGCACCACCCUGGUUGGACUGGUUCAAGCCUUGACGGCGCAUAAACAAUGCAAUGCCAUUGCCUGUUUACGACAACCAUCGCAGGGCCCUACGUUCGGUAUCAAGGGCGGGGCCGCCGGUGGCGGUUACUCGCAGGUCAUUCCGAUGGAGGAUUUCAAUUUGCAUCUGACCGGCGAUAUCCACGCAGUAACAGCCGCCAACAAUCUGCUGGCGGCACAACUCGACGCCAGAAUUUUCCACGAGGCCACACAAACGGAUCAGGCUCUGUACGAACGGUUAGUGCCUGCCAUGAAAGGCUCGCGCAAGUUUUCAGCCAUUCAGCUGAGACGUUUGAAGCGGCUCGGUAUUGAGAAAACUGAUCCUUACACGCUUACCCCGGAGGAGAUUAGACGUUUCUCGCGGUUGAACAUCGACCCGCACAAUGUUGUGUGGACCAGAGUCUUGGAUGUAAACGAUCGUUACCUUCGCAAGAUCACAAUCGGCUUAGCACCGACGGAAAAGAAUAUGAUUAGGGACACUAGUUUCGCGAUUUCGGUUGCCAGUGAAAUUAUGGCGAUUCUCGCGCUGGCUACCAGCCUGGAGGAUAUGAAGCAGCGGUUGGCCAAGAUGGUGGUUGCGUUCGACCGCACCGGAGCACCGGUUACGGCCGAUGAUUUGGGAGUGACCGGAGCCAUGAUGGUCCUGCUGAAGGAUGCCAUCGAGCCAACGUUGAUGCAAACACUGGAAGGCACUCCAGUGAUGGUCCACGCGGGACCGUUUGCUAAUAUUGCGCACGGUUGUUCGUCGAUUGUCGCCGACGAUAUUGGAUUGAAGUUGGUUGGUAAGUCGGGUUAUGUAGUUACGGAGGCAGGAUUCGGAUCGGAUAUUGGAAUGGAGAAGUUCUUUAACAUCAAGUGCCGCUCGUCGGGAAAGACUCCGAACGCUGUUGUGCUGGUGAUGACGGUUCGCGCUCUGAAGAUGCAUGGGGGUGGCCCUCCGGUUACAGCCGGGGCCCCGCUGCGUCGUGAGUACACGAUGGAGAACGUGGAAUUGGUCGAGAAAGGUUUACCAAAUCUGCUGAAGCAUAUUGAGAAUGGAUUAAAAUACGGUGUUCCAGUUGUGGUGGCUAUAAAUGCACAUUCUACCGAUACCAAAGCCGAACAUGAUCUGAUAAAAAAAGCUAGUAAGCAAGCCGGCGCUGUUGCAGCAGUGGUUUCAGAGCACUGGUCCAAAGGCGGUGCCGGAGCUGUUGAUUUGGCACAGGCCGUCAUUGAUGCCUGUAAGCUGAAAUCGAAUUUUAAACUCCUGUAUGAAGUUGACCUGACGAUUGAGGAGAAAAUGCUUAAAAUUGCCAAAGAGAUGUACGGAGCAGCUACGAUAGAGCUAACACCAAAGGUUAAGGACGCCAUCAGACUAUAUACGGAGAAGGGCUUUGGAAACUUACCAAUUUGCAUGGCCAAAACGGCCAUGUCACUGACUGGUGAUCCUAGCGCCAAAAAUGCACCCAAAGACUUUAAAUUGGUUAUCAACGAUAUCUGCCUAUCCGCUGGAGCAGGGUUUAUCGUUCCGAUGUGCGGUGAAAUUACCAAAAUGCCUGGACUGCCAACCAGACCGUCGAUUUUCGACAUUGAUCUUAACACUGAGACGGGUGAGAUCGAGGGUCUGUUUUAAGUGUUUUCAUAUUUACAUUUUAUUGACGAGAACAAGAUGAUUUUUUUCCGUUGACAAACAAUAUUGGGGCGGGAUUUGCAAUGUUUUUCUCUCUUCUACUCUCCUGAUAGUUCUGGAUAUGUCGGUACUUUUGCUGAAUUCUAUGUGUGACAAGCACUAUUACUAUUUACUACUAUUUAGAAUGGCCUUUUGCUUGUAGGUAUCAUUUUAGGAUGCUUGUAUUGUUGGUGUAAUAAACGCUGCUU